AAUACUGGCCAUUCAGCACGACGCUUGGAAUUAAUCUUAUGCAAAACUUACUACGGGUAGCUCUACCAUACUUCUUCGUGGAAGUGGCCUUACAGUAAUAAUCGUGAAUGCUGUCUGGCCAAGUAUAUUAUCUACUUGCAGUCAGAAGGUUUCCCCAACACAGCUGCGUCGCAGAACCACAGCGCUCGCCCAUCAACAAGGAGAAAGCAAAGCGACAAUCAUCACUUCUCUGCCGCAGACAUGUUGUCGACAUUAGCAAACUUCUUCAAAUUUACACGGCGCCGAACAUACCCGUCCACAAUCCUGGUUCUCGGAAACCCGAUCGAAUCCAGAUUUACAUACAUCCUGCAUAUCAUCCCUGAGAUCGGAAAGGUUGAGAUGCUCAGAACGAACAUGCGGAUCAAAUCAGCCUUGUACUGCGCAGGUCGUACGAAAGAAAUUUCACGAGAACACUUGGGAUCCGUUGCCCUGCACAAGCGGGACGGCAACCAUCCGCGAUAUUUUCUGGAUGAGGUCAGCAGCUGGGCAAUCAGAGAUCUCAAGGAGCAUAUGCCGUCAGCUUCUGAGGAGGAAAUUACGCAGCUUACAGACCAGGCAUUUCGACCCAUCGUCCGCCAUUUUCUGGAGCAGAAGAAGGGCUGUGAUAUUCCGAAGAACGCUGCACAGGGCUAUUCGAUCUACCAAAUUCAGGUUAAUCGCCCUAAGCCUGGAAGGAUCCUGCCGCUUAAAAAGCUCUUGAAACUUGCAGAUUGAGUGCUGCACACCGUGUCUUAAGGCCACAGAGGGAGCGCUCGUUUCUGCUGCUGCGUUGAUUGAAGCUGGAAUCCUGCUGUGGGGCCAGUAGUCGCAGGUAUGGCAACUUGAGGGCUCCACAUGCCGCUUCUUGCUCUCACCGAGUCAACAAGAUGUGCUACGCAAAAGUCGAGAGCGUGCUCUCGUGGGUUGGACAUGCUUCGAGCAAACGGUCGCCGACAGCAACCAUCUGCGAAGAGCUGUGUGAAGCUACCCUGGUCCACCGCCGUUGCUCGUCGAAGUUGUUCUCUAAUGGCUGCCUUUGAACAUUUCUUUUUUGAGGACGAGCACUCGCGGUCAUGUACAUGAGCAAGCAUAA